AUGCUCACCGACAUUUCCAACCUAAAGGUGCACAAUAGUGCCAGCACAAGAUCAGGAGAAGAGCUGCAUCAGCAUAUUCACCCAGCUGCCUUGAGACCGUUAAGGAUUGUCAACCGGAGAGCUUCAGGGAAUUCCACUAACGAAAACAUGAUGUCCAUGGGCAGGGGAUAUCCAAAAGCGGUCGGUUCAUAUGGCAGUGGCAGCGGCAGCAACAACUGUGCUAGAAACACAGGUUGCUCUUCUUACACUAGCAGCAACAAAAUGCUUGAAACACCAAACUAUAAGUUUCCUAGAAUCUACGAGCAUGAGACAGAUAUUCUAUUUCCAUUUUACACUUGCAGAUUUGACACAGAUCAGAGAACCAUGAAGAUGAACGAGAUGAAAGUUGACUUCACCGCCGAUGUUAGCAUUCAUAAAAACAUUACGAAGAAGUACUCCAAGCCAAUAGAAGUUAACACCCUUGAGCCUAAAAGGUUGUUUAUGAAGAAUGCCACGCAACAAACUGCAGCAAGCUCUAAUAUAUUCUUCCGCUGCAACACCACCACCAGCAACGACGACCCUAUAAUGAAUUGCUUCGUCCAUAUGAAAAGGGAGAAUCAGCUAAGGUUUGGCGAUUUUGUUCUAACUAUCGGAAAAGAUGGUUCUGUUAGCAGCAUACAAACACCGGAAGAGAAAGAAGGCGAUGCAUUUUUGCUUGGCAGAGGAUCUGCAAAGGAACAAGACUUCAACGAUGAAGUUUUGUAUGCAAGCGACGAAGGAGAGGGCAGCAGAUUGGAAAACUCCGAUCUUGAUCUCACCGAAAGCGAAGAGUCGGAUGUCGAGCUUGACUUGGAACUGGAAUUGAGGGAGGGGGCAGAUGAUGGGGAUGAAGAAUUGAUGGAGGGAAACUCGUCUAUCAUCAAUAGCUCGUUAAUUUCCCAAGGCGUUCCUCCGUGCUCUAUGAACAAUAUGCCGAACGGGUUGCUGACCAACAACAAAAAGCACAUGCCGGCUACGGCGCACAUAACGCUAUCUCCCGUGAAAAGAGUCAUGGCGAACCACCCGCAUAACGUCGUCUCCCCAUCGUCCCCACAGAAGCAGGAUCUUCUUUUUAGAACAUUGAAGAACAAGAACUCUCCAGUUAAAGCCCUGAAAAGCCAACGUUCGGGAGUCAACCUCACACAGGUGAGCAAGCCAAAGAAGAACAAGCACACAAAUUACGCAAAGUGGGACAACUCCAUGACCAUUAGUGCCAAGGCAAUCAUGAAGAUGGUCGACGACAGCUUGGUUUCGAGUGACACCGAGCUGUACAACCAUUCGCACAGCUUUGUGGCAAUGAGGAGCUUCAGCAAAGGCAACCAGGCGCAUGCGAAGGAAGAUGGUCUCAACAUCAACGCGGCAGACCUCAUCGGUGCGCUAAGUGGAGAGAUGGACAGCCCCCUCACGCGCAGAAUGAAGGAGUUGAAACUGCAGUAG